UUCUUCUUUCUGGCAUCCUCUCUCCUUAUAUGUCUUCGAUUGGAUCUUCCAGGGUUCCUACAGUGCUGGGACCUUCAAGCCCUGGGAGCCCCCUCUCUGUAGGCAUGCCUGAGACCCACCUACCUCCCUGCCUCAAGGGCUUUGUUGUGGGCUUUGCAGGCCUAGAACCUAGAUGGGAGGUACCUUGGCCACAUCAGACCCUUUUAUUGGAGGAAUAUGAAGUCUGCUGCUCCUGUAGAGAGAUUAGUAAGGUAGGAUCCCCAAGUCCACAAGGCAGCCUGGUCUGGUACUACCCAAGGUGUCUGCCUGUCAAGUAUGAUGGGAACCAGGAAUAAGGGUCAGCUUCUGGUUCCUGAACUCACAAGGAAUGCCUGGGUAGUGAUCCCCAUACAGCACUCAGUACUCUCCCAUAAGGGCCUACGUGGGGUGGUAGGUGGUAGGGCAGGAUAAAGCCAGCGGGAUUAAGCCUGCAGCACAGGACUAGAACUUCUAGACAGCACUAGUUCUCGACAGCACUAGUCUAGAACUUCUGGGCAGUCAGGCCAGAACGGGGAGGCAGAAGACACAUUUUCUGCCAAGUCAGAGCACCAAACUUCCUCAGAGCUAAAUGCCUCACUGUGUACACUCAGGAACCAAGCCAAGGGGGUUUGCAUGAGCACAGACCUUCCCCAACCCCACCCCACUUAAGGAGGAUCUUGGAGUGUGCUCUGGCCCCUGUGAUGUCUGUUGUACCAGUCCCCAGCUUUACCCAGGUGUUGUGUCUCCCCCCUCUGUCUGGCAGCAGGACGGUGCCUACAGCACCUGCUCAAGAACAAGGACACUUCGUGCCGCCAGGAUUGUUCUGCGGGGACUGCUGGCUCAGGAGUGUGUGGGGACCCAGGGCUCUAAAUAUACCAUGGUGAGGUCACUGGGGCAGAGACAGGCCACGUGGCAGGCCCAGGAUCCCAUUAGGCCAGCAUCCCAGGGCUAGGGGCAAGGGAGCAGGUGGCCUCACUGCUCCCACUGGCCUGACCUCACUGCUCCAUCUCCCCCUGCCUGGAAUCCCUGCCCAUGUCACAUUAGAUUAUAGGCACAUGGAGGAGGGACUAUAUGUCCCCUCAAAUCACAUCACAUGGAUGUUUGCGGACACAGCCCCGAAAGGACAUCACAGGCAAGUUUUUGUUGGCUGAGGUACCAGUUGGGGGAUCCAAGUUGGUACCAGUUGGGUGAGGGAGGAGGGGGAUGUCACUGUCAUUGAUCCCAGGGGAGAUAGGACUGGAAGAGGGUGACCCUGCAAGUAGAGCAGAUAGAAGAGUUGAGGGUACACAUGCUAGCAAAAUGACAGCCUCAAGGAUGUUUGUUUACAGACCCCAGAACCUGGGGCCAUGGCACAUAUAUGGCAGAUACAAGGUGUGGACCUGGACUGUCCAGACUAGGAGAGCAGAGACCCUUUCCUGGCUGGACCCUAGUCCCACAACAAGGAAAUGAAUGCUAUCAACACUAACACCUGGGGCAGGAAACAGAGCCUCCCAAAAGGAAGGCAGAGUGCUGAUGCUUGGAUCUCAUCCAUUGAGACCCCAACCAUCCUCCUGACCUCUAAAAUCCAAGAUGACAUGUGUGUCAUUUAAGUCUCUGGCUUGUAGUCAUUUGGGCAGUAACAGAAAACUAGUAUCCCAGAGUGCUGGUAGGGGAUGUGGGAGUAGUCAUACUGGGGGCAGUCACAGUCGUGGCCUUGGGACUGACAGCCCUUUGAGCUGCUGUGUGUUAGCCUGUUAUACUGGUGCCCAUUGUGAUGACAGCCUUGUGUCCCCUCGUACAGUGCUGCACAGAUCCGGAACAUGGUGGCGGUGCUGGAAGUCAUCUCCAGCCUGGAGAAAUACCCCAUUACCAAAGAGGCACUGGAGGAGACACGACUCGGGAAGCUCAUCAAUGAUGUGCGCAAGAAAACGAAGAAUGAAGAACUCGCCAAGCGGGCCAAGAAGCUGUUGCGGAGCUGGCAGAAGCUUAUUGAGCCUGUGCACCAGAGUGAGGUGGCACUGCGAGGCUUAGCAGGCACUGCUGGCUCAGCCAAUGGGGGUGCGCACAACUGCCGGCCGGAAGCAGGGCCAGCUGGCACACCCAAGAGCAUCCAUGAUCUGAAGAACCGCAAUGACAUCCAGCGUCUGCCUGGGCAGCGACUGGACAGGCUGGGUAGCCGCAAACGCCGAGGGGACCAGCGUGAUCUUGGCCAUCCUGGACCACCGCCCAAGGUCUCCAAAUCGAGUCACGACUCCCUGGUACCUAACUCAUCCCCCCUCCCCACCAAUGGGAUCAGUGGGAGCCCAGAGAAUUGCCCUGGCCCCUUGGACGGCAGUGGGCACUUGGGCCCUGAGGGCAGCCAUCUGGAACCAGGUGAGAAUGAUAAGCAUGGUGGCAAGAUCCCUGUUAAUGCUGUGCGGCCGCACACCAGCUCCCCGGGCCUGGGCAAGCCCCCGGGUCCCUGCUUGCAGACAAAGGCUGCGGUGCUGCAGCAGCUGGACAGGGUGGAUGAGACUCCUGGACCCCCAUAUCCCAAGGGGCCACCUCGUUGCUCUUUUAGUCCCCGGAACUCACGGCACGAGGGUUCCUUUGCCCGGCAGCGGAGCCCCUACACACCCAAGGGCUCUGUGCCCAGCCCCUCGCCACGGCCCCAGUCGCUCGAUGCCACUCAGGUGCCAUCACCACUUCCGCUGGCUCAACCAUCUACACCCCCUGUACGGCGGCUUGAGUUGCUGCCCAGCACGGAGAGCCCAGUGCGCUGGCUGGAGCAACCAGAGGGCCACCAGCGGCUCACAGGAAUGGGCUGCAAGACAGGACUCUCCCUAACUGAGCCCCUCCUGACCCGAGCAGGCUUCUCCCCAGACUCUUCCAGGGCAGACAGCGACGCUGCCUCCUCUGGUGGCUCAGACAGCAAAAAAAAGAAGAGGUACCGGCCUCGGGACUACACGGUGAACUUAGAUGGGCAGGUGGCUGAGGCAGGCGUCAAGCCUGUCCGGUUAAAAGAGCGGAAGCUCACCUUUGACCCCAUGACGAGACAGAUCAAACCUCUGACCCAGAAAGAGCCAGUGCAAGCCGAUAGCCCUGUGCACACGGAACAGCCCAGGACAGAGCUGGACAAACCCGAGGCUAAGGCCAGCCUCCAGAGCCCUUUUGAACAGACGAACUGGAAGGAGCUGUCACGAAAUGAGAUCAUCCAGUCCUACCUGAGCCGGCAAAGCAGCCUGCUCUCAUCGUCGGGUGCACAGACCCCGGGCGCUCACCACUUCAUGUCUGAGUACCUGAAGCAGGAGGAGAGCACCCGGCGUGGGACCAGGCAGACACAUGUUCUGGUGCCGCAUGACCCGCCCACCGACCUCCCGGGGCUGACCCGGGAGGUCUCACAGGACGAUCUGAACCGAAUCCAGGCCCACCAGUGGUCUGGAGUAAACGGUUGUCAGGACACACAGGGUAACUGGUAUGACUGGACGCAGUGCAUAUCGCUCGACCCGCAUGGCGACGACGGGCGGUUGAACAUUCUGCCUUAUGUCUGCUUGGACUGACCGGCUCUCAGCCUCCAAGUGUAUUCCCACCUUGCAGUUAGCCAUGGCAUGUGGGUGGGCAGGUGGGCAGGGCCCAGCCGCCUCAGGUGGUUGGGAAUUCGGCCUAGGCAGGAGGGAAGGGACUAGGGUCUCCAGGUCUCGCUGAACUCUUCCCUCAAAAUUCUCCUUCUUUUGUGAAAUGCUGCUACCAGUUUACUAACAAUUGCAAAGGAAGGAUCGCCUGGAAGGAAGGCCGACAAAGUGAGUUAAGAACUCUAUAGCAAGCCAGCUAUAAAAAGCGUUGAUCCCCCACCCAGAAGAGGUGUGGACACCCCAGCACCCACAUGCUGGGACCCCAGUUGCAGGCAGGCACAGAAAACCUGUGGGAGGUCAUCUUGAACAUGGCAACAGAAGCACGUGUCUCAUCUAUAUGCGGUUUCUAUUUCUCAAUCUGAGCUGAGGCAGGGGGCAUGCCACCACCUGUUUGCAGCCCACAUGGCAUUGGGUAGGCCAGCUGGCCAGCCAGUUUGACCCUUACUCCACCGCAUCCACACAUUUCUUUUUGGUUUCAUUUAAAGCCCAGUUUUAAAGCAAUGCUGCAAUAAUUUAAGUUUUCUAGAGUUUAUUUUAUCCUCCUUUUCCAUCUGACCACAAGCCAAAUAAUUCCCUCUCCCCUUUUUUCCCUCUUUCCUGCACUUAUCUAGAAAAGGUCACCUUUCUAGAGCCCCCUCCCCAAAACACAAAAGUAACUGGGUGCUACUGGUAUGUUGAGCUCUACUAUUGAUGAGAGAAUUUGUCUGUAUGCUGGAAAUACUCAUAACCAUUCCUUUAGAUUUGUUUGCCUUAUGGUUAUUUGUCAUAAACGCGAUUUGCAAAAACAAGGAGCCUUAGUGAAUGUACAGUACCUAGACUUCUGUGUUCUCAGGACGCGGAAGGAAGCAACUUUGCUAUUUGGUCCAGUAAGUGGACAUCUUGUGAUAUAAAUGUGGAAAUAAAAAAACCCAUUUGCACAAAUCGGUCUGAGAAUCAUUUCUGAUUUGGUCCUU